AUGUCAGCAGAGUUAUUAGCGAAACUAAAAGAAUCUAUUGAAGAAGAUGAUGGACUUCUGAGGAAAAGUAAUAAAAAGAAAAAAAGAUCUUUAAACGUCACCAUAGCCCAAUCUAUCCUUACUGCUGCUAACAGGGGUCAGGUUGAACUAGGUGAUGAUGAAAAGUUUCUGGUAGAGAGGAAGUCUAAGAAAGACAAGAGAAAAGUGUCCGACUUGGGUAUCAACGUUAAGCGGGCACAUGAAGGAUAUUCUUUAAUUAAUCAAAUAAGAGAUGAAAAGCCAAAAGAUCUCAAACAACGGAAUAUUCGAUAUAUGAAAUUCAUGGAAAAACGAAAGUUAGAUGAAGGCAAGGUUUCACACAUUCUAAAGCAUCACUUUGGUACCUUGAGUAAAAAAGAUCAAAUUAGAGCCGGUAGAGACAAAAUAACUUGCCUACGAGAUCCGAAGAAACCAUCUAAAGCAGCCAAAGCUAAAGGAAAAAGUGUAUUUUCAGACAAAGAUUUCGCAAGUAUUGCCAAGGAGCCCAAAGCUCUCGAAAAAACAUUCCUGGACGGAGAUGCAGAAUACGAUUAA